GGGGGGAAGAAAAGAGAAAGGAAACCCAAGUCACGUGGGGCGCGGCGUCCCGCCCAAUCAGGGCGCCGGAGCGCGAAGUCCUCCCGAGAUCCCGCCAAAUACGAGCGGGCGCGAGGGAAGCGGGAGCCGGACGGGGUGCCGGAGGGGACAAAAAGCCGCCGUCGCGGGUAACGGACGGCUUUGUGUGGUGGUUUUUUUUCUUUUAACCCCUGUGAGGGAUUGAAGAGGGGGCAGGCGCGGGAGCGUGCCUCGGGGACGCGCGCGGGCCCCCUCCUCCUCCUCCCCCCCCCGCGGUUCUCGUGAGGGGGAGCCCGGCUCGGCCACUCUCUCCCGCGCGCGAGAGGCCUUUCCCUCUUCUUCUUCUUCCCUCAGUCCUGAGGGAAAACUUUGUAGCAGGUGAGAGAGGGGGAGAAAUAAGAGAUGAAGUAUCGCCCCGCGACCCUUCGUGGGGGGGGGGGAGGACUCGAGGGGAGGGAGAACUGAGGCAGGUCGGGGAAGGAGGGUGGUGGGUUUAUGGGGGGGGGGGAGAUAUUGUCCUGAGGGGAAACCGAAGCGGGAAAAGGGGUGGGGGGGUUGUCUGUGUGUGUGUCACGCUGCGGGUAUUAAGGUGCUGGCGGGGGGGGGGGUUCCUGAGGGGAAACUGAGGCACGUCGUGGCUGCUGAGGUGGAUAUAUUGCGAGGGGGGGGAUAAUUGUCGUCCUGAGGGGGGGGGAAGGGGGGUAGGAUGGCUCUGCAGAGCGGGAGGGAGGGAAUGUCUUAGGGGCUGCUGGGGGUUGGGCUGGAUGACCCCUGGGGUUCCCUUCCAACUCUACAAUUCUACGAUAAUUGGGAAAAAAGCUUUUCUUUUGAUGGGGGGUGGGGAGAAGCGAAGUACAGUGGUACCUCAGGUUACAUACGCUUCAGGUUACAGACUCCGCUAACCCAGAAAUAGUACCUCGGGUUCAGAACUUUGCUUCGGGAUGAGAACAGAAAUCGUGUAGUGGCAGCAGCAGGAGGCCUCAUUAGCUAAAGUGGUGCUUCAGGUUAAGAACUGUUUCAGGUUAAGGAUGGACCUCCGGAACGAAUUAAGUACUUAACCCGAGGUACCACUGUAGAGAUAUGCUUAUGUCGGAAGUUUCCAAGCAGAGGUUGGAUGGGGUCAUCUGUCAGGGAUGCUUUGGCUGGCUGAGACUCCUGCAUUGCAGAGGGUUGGACUGGAUGACCCCUGGGGUUCUCUUCCAACUCUAUACAGUGGUACCUCAGGUUACAUACGCUUCAGGUUACAGACUCCGCUAACCCAGAAAUAGUACCUCGGGUUAAGAACUUUGCUUCAGGAUGAGAACAGAAAUCGCAUGGCGGCAGCAGGAGGCUCCAUUAGCUAAAGUGGUGCUUCAGGUUAAGAACAGUUUCUGGUUAAGUACGGACCUUCGGAACGAAUUAAGUACUUAACCUGAGGUACCACUGUACAAUUCUAUGAUAAUUGGGGAAAACUUUUUUUUUGGGGGGGGGAGAAGCGAAGCAGAGGUAUGUUUAUGUCUGAGCUUUCCAAACAGAGGUUGGAUGGGGUCAUCUGCCAGGGAUGCUUUGGCUGAGACUCCUGCGUGCAGGGGGUUGGACUGGAUGACCCCUGGGGGUCCCUUCCAACUCUACAUACAAUUCUACGAUAAUUGGGGAAAAACUUUUUUGGGGUGGGUGGAGAAGCAAAGCAGAGAUAUGUUUAUGUCGGAAGUUUCCAAGCAGAGGCUAGAUGGGGUCAUCUGCCAGGGAUGCUUUGGCUGAAACUCCUGCGUGCAGGGGGUUGGACUGGAUGACCCUUGGGGUCCCUUCCAACUCUAUGCGAUGCUACGAUAACUGCACACCCAUGUUCUCUAGCCACUGGCUCUGCAGGGAUUCAGAGGGGAAACUUGAGGCGCUGCAGCAAGGAGGGAGGGACAGGGAAAUCCCUUAUGGGUGGGCUGCAAGGGGGUUGGGCUGGAUGACCGCUAGGGUUCCCUUCCAACUCUAUACAGUUCUACGAUAAUUGCACACCCAUGUUCUCUAACCACUGGCUGCAGGCUUUCAGAGGGGGAACUGAGGCACUGCAGCAGAGAGGGAGGGGGGAUAUCUUACGGGCUGCUGGGGAGGGAAACUGAGGCAGGGCCAAGGGAGCUGUUGUGGGGGGCAGACAUGAGUUGGUGUGGGUGUCAGAGUCCCUGUUAGUGGAAACACUUUUUUGGGCAGUGGAGAAGGGAGGCAGGGAUAUGUUUAUGUUGCAGGUUUUCAAGCCAGAGGUUGGACGGAGCCCUCUGUCAGGGAUGCUUUAGCUGAGAUUUUUGCACUGCAAGGGGGCUGGACUGGAUGACCCCCCGGGGUCCCUUCCAACUAUACAGUUCUGUGGCUCUCGAAAUGGAGCUUUUGGAGGGGGAUCCCAAGGGAGGGAAACGGGAAAUGGAGAACAUAUUGCCGCCUGAGAGAAACUGAGGCAGGGAAGAAAUUGAGGCAGGUUUAAGGAAGGAGAGCCUGGGUCCAGCAAGUUUUGGAUGGGCCAUGGCAGGUGACUCGCAGAGCUUGAAUUAUGAAGGGAGAGGAGUCCCUUGAUGAAAGCCCCCUGCUAUACUCAUCUUGAAUCAUCACAGCUAUAGGGGGGUGGGGCUGUCACAAGGCAUAAGGUGGACCUCUAUCAUUUGAGCAUUCCUUCGUUUGGCAACCAAUGUUGUUGCUGAGGAAGCAGGGUUAAUGUUUGGUGGUGAUCACGCACGAAUAUGCACCAUAUAUGCUAAUAUAAAGCGCCCGUGUGUUGGUAUAUUGUUCUAGCACCACAGGCCAUUGCGCAACGCAGUCUUAAAACUGGCAUGUGGGCUGCGUUUUCUGUUAACUUGGCAAUGGGGUGCAAGUAAACAUCCGGCCAAAAUAUCAAGAAGGGCAUGUUGGCAUCUAGUAGACUGCUGUAGGAAUGAGGGUGAUGGAUUGGAAAGACACUAUGUUUGGACUUGCAAGGAAGUCAGUGAUACGCAGGCUUAAAGGUAAAGGGACAUGCUUGGAGAACUGACGCUGUCAAAAAUAUUGAAAAGGUUAAUGUUGGCAUUGGGUGCCUUUGUCCCUCCAGAUGUUGCCGAAUCGCACCUCUCAUAAUCGGAGGCUGUGUUUUCUGCGUCUGAUGGGAGGUGUGGUUCGGCCGUGUCCGUGACUGGGAGCAAAGGUUCCCCACACCUGGAGGGGGUGGAAUAGUGAUGGAGUAGGACUUGUGGUUUGAGGAGUGAUUGGGUCUGCAUGGGAUCCAAGGAAGGAGGCAGGGAAGGGAACACAGGGAGCAACUGGUGACUUGUAAUGAGAGUUGGGUGUGGGAAAGGGGUACUGGUCACCCCUGGGGAAUCAGUGGAGUACAGUGGCAAUGGGGAGCUUCCAGCCCAUCAGCCUAAUUAGACCCGCCAAUCCUCUCCAGGUCUGUGGGAAGUUAAAUAGAAGUGACGAACGUAGUCCUAUUGAUAUCAGUGGGUCUGCUCUGAAUUACAUGUAAUUGGAUGCAACCCUAGAUGCCUAAUAACUUGGGAAACUUUCAGUUCAUGUGCAUGUUUGAUGUUUCCAAUGUAAUGUUGAAUUAUUCGUUGUGACACUACAUUUUUCAAUAUUUUAAGACUAUUGUGUUUAUAGACUGUUUUCGUAAACCUUUUCCGUAAACGCAUUCAUCAAAUGCAGUUUAUAAUUAAAUUGAUUGUCUUCCAUUGACAGCUAUGGAGUGUCAAGAUAAAUCAGCGGUUCCAGCCCGGAAACUGAUACAAGGUAACCCGUUUCAUGCAAAAACAAAAAACCCUGACUCAUUUUCAGCUAAGGCUAUUCUUUCUGCAUGGCACAGACUUGCUAAACUCUUUUCCUUCAGGCUUGUUAGAUUUCUUUAUAAUUGUGAAACUAUACAUAAACCUUUGAACUCAGAAUGCUACAUUUCCAGGAAUGCAAUAUUUAUUUAAUCUGAGGGAAAGCAAUGGUGUUUUGCUACAAUCUUUGCAAAGCAGAAGUUAUUCAGUGCCCUGUCAUACAUUUAUUUGGAGUAUGAUGCUACUUGUUGUAUUUGUGGAUGGUUACGAUUUUUGCAAGAGGAAAUAUUUUUCUGUCAUCUCAGGCCCAUCUUGAUAUGUCGCCACCUUCUUUUCCUGUUUAAAAGAUGAGAGUUGCAUUUUUUUAUUCAGUUUUUGGCUGCAUGUUUUAUCCCAUCCUUGAGCUCAGGGUGGGGUAUAUGGCUGUAUUUGCUCUUAUCCACACAACAACUUUAUGGGUUGGGUUAGGCUGAAAGUCGCCCAGUGAUCUAUUUGUGAUCUUUGAACCUGGUUCUUCCCAGUCCUAACCUAUCGCCUGUACCUGGGAUGAGGAACUUGUGUCCCUCCGGGUAGUCCCUUCAUCCCUCACCAUUGGCCAUGCUGGUUGUUGGGCUGAUAGAAGCUGAGAGCCCAACAGCAUCUGAAGGGACACAUGGUGUAGUAUGUUUGAACUACACCAUGCUGUUGCAUGUACGGAGCAGGCUUGUUCCCUGUGGCUCUACAGUCUACAGCAUGGGUAGACAAACUAAGGCCCAGGGGCCAGAUCCAGCCCAAUCACCUUCUAAAUCUGGCCCGCGGACGGUCUGGGAAUCAUCGUGUUUUUACAUGAGUAGAAUGUGUGCUUUUAUUUAAAAUGCAUCUCUGGGUUAUUUGUGGAGCAUAGGAAUUUGUUCUCCCCCCCCCCCAAAAAAAAGUCUGGCCCCCCCACAAGGUCUGAAGUACAGUGGACUGGCUCCCUGCAGGAAAAGUUUGCUGACCCUUGGUCUACAGGGUAGGGCUAGAGUUAAUGAAUGAAAAUUGCAACAACGUAAAAUUUGGCUAAACAUCAGGAGGAAAUUGUUAUUCGUGGUAUUAAACAUUUGUUGCUUGUUACCAAAGAGGUCUGCAGACAGUUUUGAUUUAAAAACAUAAACUUCCUAAUGGUUAGAGAUGUUUGAUGUGGGCUGUUCUUCACUGCAACUAUUUAAGCAGAGGUUCAGCAUCUAUCAGGGAUGCUGUAAUUGCAUAGGGGGCUGGGCUAGGUUAUCUCCAAGGCCUCUUCCUUCUCACCAUCUCCCCCCUUGCAAAUAGGUGUUAUUUAGUAAGCUUGGGUGCACAGAUCCAGCUUUCUAAAAUAUGUACUUUUAUUGGGGGGAAAUACAUCCAUAUGUUAGAUCACUUGCCUCUUUUUUUAUCUUGCCCAAAAUUGUAAGAUACUGUGCCAUUCUUCAGCUUCUUCUUUUUCUCUUCCAGCACGAUUGCCUUUCAAGCGUUUGAAUCCCAUACCAAAGGAGAAUCUUGAGGGAAACCCAGGAGUCAAAAGAGGCAGGAACUCUCAGAACGUCUUUGAUCAAAACACGCCCUGUCCUGGUUUGUCACAUCCGUUACCGGACAAUGUGGAGAACAGCUGCCAUGAGGAAACCGAGACACAAUUUGUUCCAAAACUUAUUAAUGGCAAGGGCCCGUUAGAUAACUUUGUGCAAAAAAGCACAAAAAACAGCACAAGUCAGUUGCCCUUCAUAGACUUGACAGAGGAUUCCAACCACAGACUGAGUGAUACUGACACAGACCACUGCAAAUCGAACAAAGUAGCGGCACCUGUAGAGAAAACUCACGAGGAAACGGAAGCCCAAUCUGGUCCACAAAAGCCUGUUUGUAAUACCCCUGUGGAUGUUCUGAUGGCAACUUGCCCAGUUACACCAGAUGAGGAUGAAUUAUCAGAUAUGGUGUUGACCAAAACAGAAACCAAUAGUACUACAGAGAGCAAACACAGUAAUGUCAUAUUUGAAAGGAAAAUGCCCGUCAUUGUCCUGGAGGAUAUCAUGACAGCCAGAUCUCCACAAGCUUCACCUUUGGAAAGGAGCCUGUCUUCUGGAAAUGAGACAAUUGAGUCUUGUCCUGGAGAGAACAAGGAUUAUACAAAUUCCUCGUUAAGUUCUGCCUCCCUUACCAGUUCACCUGAAUCUCUGCGUGUACAAGGAUGCAAGGACAAUAUUAGUCCGAUAGCUGCUUCAACACCUGUUGGAAAGGUAUAGUAUGUGUUCAGAGGGAAGCAAUAAAGAUGGUAAAUGUUCCUUAGCAAGAUCUUAUCUUUCCCAGCUUCCUGUUGCUGCCUUAUCCACACGCUCAUCUCUCAAGUGUCCUCUCUCUGCCCAUUUAAUUUACUCCAGCUUUGGUGCCUUUACAGUCCUCGUCUGUCGUAUCUCCUACGUCAGACAUGUCCAACCGGUCGACCGCAAUUGACAGGUAGAUCCCCGGGGUGUCCCUGGUAGAUCAUGGAACCAUGGUCGAUCAUGGGCAAGGAAUGAUUCCACCCCUGGUGCUAGGUUCCUCCAUCGGCGCUGCAGCAGCAUUGAAAGCCGGGCAAGGUGGAAAGCGAAAGUAUCGUAUUUUUCGCUCUAUAAGACGCACCAGGCCACAAGACGCACCUAGUUUUUGGAGGAGGAAAACAAGAAAAAAAAAAAAUUCUGAAUCUCAGAAGCCAGAACAGCAAGAGGGAUCGCUGCGCAGUGAAAGCAGCGAUCCCUCUUGCUGUUCUGGCUUCCGGGAUAGCUGCGCAGCCUGUGUUCGCUCCGUAAGAUGCACACACAUUUCCCCUUACUUUUUAGGAGGGAAAAAGUGAGUCUUAUAGAGCAAAAAAUACGGUAAUCUUUUCUUUAGUGCUGCAUGCGCUUUAGUGCUGGAGUUUUGGCUGAGCGCCCCCCCCCGCCAAAAAAGCUAAAAGAGUCGGGUCAAUUCCCCCCCCCCAAUCAACAACUCUUGGCAAUCCUCCCCCAAAAAACCGCACGCUUCUCCCUCCCUCCAAUGACAAUGGAUAGAUCACUGCCUGUUUCUUUUGUACUGGGAGUAGAUCACAGUCUCUUGGGAGUUGGACGUGCCUGUCAUACGUCUUUCCCUAUCAGGUUCUCCCUCAGGAGUUCAGCUUCAGACACUGGUUUCCACAUUGUACAGUGACUUCUAAAAGCUAUGUUACAUACCGUAUUUUUCGCCCUAUAGGACGCACCUAGUUUUUUUUGGGGGGGGGGAAUAAAGAAAAAAAAUUAUUUCCCCCCCAGGCACGGGGCUGGCGCAGGGGAAGCCCGAGCUUCCCCCGACCCCAGCCGCAGAACAGCCUGCUAUCCGCAAGCCUAGGGAGCCGCGCCAGUCUCCCUAGGCUUGCGGACAGCUGUGCGGAGCCCGGGAGCUUCAGCGCGCCCGAGGCUUAGGAAUGCAGGCAGCUCUGCGCAACCCUCCGGAGCCCGGUGCGGCUUGGCACCAGGCUCCCGAGGGUCGCACGGAGCUGCGCGGAGCCCAGGAAGGCAUGCAGCUCUGCGCGACCCUCCGGAGCGCGGCUUGGCGCCGGGCUCCGGAGGGUUGCGCAGAGCUUCCUGAAGCCUGGAGAGCGAGAGCCUCUCGCUCUCCAGGCUUCAGCGAAAGCCUGUAUUCGCCCCAUAGGACGCACCCACAUUUCCCCUUCAUUUUUGGAGGGGAAAAAUGUGUCCUAUAGGGCGAAAAAUACAGUACUUCUCUUUUUUUGUCAGUGGGUUGGGGUUUUUUGGGGGGGGAGGGGGGAUACUUGCAUCCUGAGCAGUUAGAAUCUUCUAUGUAUAUUUUGUUCUAGGAGGCUUAGGUUUGGCCAGAAUCAAGUAUAUACACUUCCAGAGUUAACACUAAGUACAUUACUUCUGGUAAAUGAGUCACCAUCGCUGCCAGAGGGCCAUGGACAGUUUGUCCCAGGGUUUUUAGAUUCUUAAUUCCAGGGUCCUGGGUUCAAGCCCCAGGUUGGGUGAAAGAUUCCUCCAUUUCCUCGUAGUCCCUUCCGGCUCUACAGUUCUAUGAUGUUGUAAAGUCAUGUCUACUAAGGACCUGACUUAGGGAGCAAGCGUGUGAAUGCCUAGCUCACUACUAAGCAUACAAAAGCAAGAAAGACAUCCCACUAAAGCAUGAAAUAUGCCAUGCUCUAAAUGUAGGGAUGCAGGUGGCGCUGUGGGUUAAACCACAGAGCCUAGGACUUGCUGAUCAAAAGGUCGGCGGUUCAAAUCCCUGCGACGGGGUGAGCUCCUGUUGCUCGGUCCCUGCUCCUGCCAACCUAGCAGUUCGAAAGCACGUCAAAGUGCAAGUAGAUAAAUAGGUACCGCUCCGGUGGGAAGGUAAACUGUGUUUCCGUGCGCUGCUCUGGUUCACCAGAGGCGGCUUAGUCAUGCUGGCCACAUGACCCGGAAGCUGUACGCCGGCUCCCUGGGCCAAUAAAACGAGAUGAGCGCCGCAACCCCAGAGUCGGCCACGACUGGACCUAGUGGCCAGGGGUCCCUUUACCCAUUAAACUUUUCAUUGCUAUCUUCCUCUCCUUAAAAGUGAAACUUGUGGGCAGACUUCUUACUUUAGCCGCCAAUUGUGGUACCUUGGUUUAAGAACAGCUUAGUUUAUGAACAACUUGGAUUAAGAACGCUGCAAUCCCGGAAGCAGGUGUUUUGGUUUGUGAACUUUGCCUUGGAAGCAGAACCUGUUGAGUGUGUUCCAUUUGUAAAUUGAGUCCCCCACUGCUAUGGGAAAGCACACCUUGGUUUAAGAACGCUUUGGUUUAAGAACGAACUUCCAGAAUGGAUAAAGUUGGUAAACCAAGGUACCACUGUACUGUACAUUUGCUCCAUGGGAGUGGUAACUGACUAACCUUAGCUUAGCUUAAAGUUACUGUAUCCUUGAUUCUGAACAAGAACAUACAAUGUUUCUGAUUUCGCAUGGUGGUGCCCCCUGAUCAGAAUCAGGGGGAAGGUCUGGUUAAAGAAAGUAAAAAAAUGGAGGCGUCUCUCCUCACCCGAGCACACUUUUUUUAAAAAGGUACAACUUCAGAUGAUUAGGUAACAUUCACCUGCAGGCUCUCAGAACUAAAGAUCACUAGAACAGGGAAAUAUUUGGGUUUUAAGUUGCUAUUAGAAUGUGGCUUAAGUGAUUGAUUGGUAGCAUAGGUUGGGAAUUAGAGUCUGCUGGCUGAGAUACAAAGUGGAAAUCUAAGUCUUGCAAGGAGUGGCAUGUUCUAAAUAUAUUUAACACUCACUCUAGUGGAUCUUCUUUUUGACUGGUUGGAAUUUUGGCCACCACGUGUUAUAGGCUGGAAAUAAGUCAUCUGAGUGCCAAACCCUUCAAAAAGAACUGUUGGUGUGACAGGAACUGUCUCCUCUCGGGCACAGUAGCAAUGAAAUGGGAUGGAGGGGAUGGUCUCCUAUGCAUAGUCAGCUAAUUUGCACUGGAAAAAGUUCAGCUUUUAUUGGAAAGCUUUCUGGCGCCCAACAGAGUGAUCUAAUUUAGCAUGCUUAUUUGUGCCUAAUAAAGUUACGUUAGAAACUGCCAGGCAUACCCAAGGUGGAUAAAAAUUAAUGAUUAAAAAAAAGCAGAUUUUUUUUAUUUAAUUUGGAUUUUUUGAUUUAAUACAGAUUUUUUUUUAAUUUAAAUUGGAUUUUUAAAAUAAAAUGAUUUUGGAGGGGAAAUCUCUCUAAAUAUAGUUUUCUAUUUAAGUUACAUUAUAGUCCACAGGCUAUUCAUCAGGAAAUAAGAAUUUGUUUUCAGUUUUUCAUGUCUGCUCAGUUUUUGUUUUGUUUUUUUAAAAAAACCGUUUAACCACAUCAGUUAACAAACAUGGAUACAUAUGCUAUAAUGUUAUUGUUUUAGUUAAAUAAAUUGAUAUUAAGGGGGGGGGGGAAAUUCCCCUUCCAAUAAAGUACAUCAGAAAAUUGUGCAAAUAUAACUUGCUGAUGUUAACUUAUUAAACCACACAAUAAUUUCAUAAUUGUCUGCCUAUGUAUUUAUAAUAGUAUAACCAAAUCAGAAAUUUUUGAUAGAAUUGUAAAAACUACUCUGAAUAUUUAUUAUUCCAAAAAUGAAACCUUCAUCUGGUUGUAAAUAUUAAGAUUAUACUAGCAAGAUUGAGUCUUUCGGUAAAAAAAUAAUGAUUUAAAUCAAGUCUUACUGACUAGUGAUUUAAAUCGUGAUUUAAAUCAAAUCCACCCUGGGCGUACCUAAUGCUGUAUUUGUGAUUGGCAUCCAUUCGUUGUUACUAAAGAUCCUGUAAAAUGGAAAAAAAAAUGCUGCAGAAAAAUAAAACCCUGGGAAAUGUUUCACCCCGCAUGAAACGUGGGUGUUCGCUGUGACAUAUAUAGCGGGGGGGGGGGGCCUUCAGCAGACUUCCAAGUGUGUUUUGGCCUACAGAGCAGUGGAGAUGUGGUUAAUGUCCCAUGUAGAGAGAUGUAAAGGCCUGAAAAAAGAAACCAACCCAAGAAAAGUGAGGUGGGGGAGAUAUAGCAAUUCAGAUAUAAUCGAGCGGCUCCAGAAUACACCCCCCUCCCCGGUAUUGCUUAAUUUUAGGUCAGGGAAGGAUGGCAUUUUAGAGAAACACCGGAUAAUGUUUAAACAGAAGAAUCUGGGGCACACUUUGAUUCUGAUCACCUCUUUUUAUUGUUCUGGGGAAAUACGUGUGCAGUGCAAGGUGUGAGUUGUCUGCUGCUGCUGCUUAGAUGAGGCACGGUUUCUUCCCAGGCCCUACUGAAAUUUAAUGGGAGGCACUGACGUUUUUUGGGGGGUGCCGGCAUUUUGUAUUGAUGAAAGUGCUGGGGGUGUCGGCACACAGUGGCUUUCAUAUGCAGCAAAAAAGAGGAGUGUGUAUACUGGCGCUCUAUUCCGGUGAGUGCUGUCGCAGAAGUCCUGAUUCUAAUAUAUUGGGAGCUGAACUGCAGCCGUCUGACAUUCCGUAACCUAUAAGGCUUGUCUGCUGAAGUGGCUUUAACUGUUAAAUUCCACAGUCCUUGCAUAUGCCUGUUCUUUCAGUGCCCCUCAGGAAAGGGCCAUAACUCAUUGGUAGAACAUCCUGCUUUAUGUGCAGAAGGUCCCAUGUUCAAUCCCUGGUGCUUCCGGGUAGGGCUGGGAGAUGUUCCCCUGCAGCUCGUUUCUCCCUUUCACCCCAAGUUCGUGCUUCUUCAAAGUCCAUGACGCCUUUGGUAGAGGCUCUGAGUAUUACCAUGCAAAAAGAGGGUAAAUCUCUCCCAAAAAGCCAUAUACAUAACAUAACAUGCAGAGCAUGCAUUUGAAGCACAUGGCUUUCCCCAAAGAAUCCUGGGAGUGAUAGUUUGUUGAGGGUGCUGGGAAUUGUAGCUCUGUGGGGGUAAACAAUGGUUCCCAGGAUUCUUUGGGGAAAGCAAUGCUCUUUAAAUGUGUGGUGCGUACACAGCCUAAAAUGCAAUGCAGUAGGUUUAUCAGCUGUGCUUUCUCAUUACCGAAACACUCAGAGUAACAUAAUCACACACAAUGAGUGUCAUAGUAAAUUAGGUGGGCCAGAUUUGCCAUCUUUUGUAUCUUACUCCAUCCCAUCUUGAAAGUAUACAGUGGACGUUCGGGUUGCGAACGUGAUCCGUGCGGGAGGCACAUUCGCAACCCGCAGCAUUCGCAGCCCCGCACCUGCGCAUCUGCAGGUUGCGAUUCAGCGUUUCUGCGCAUGCGCAAAGUGCGAUUUAGCGCUUCUGUGCAUGCGCAACCGCCAGAACCUGGAAGUAACCCGUUCCGGUACUUCUGGGUUUCAGCUCGUCCAUAACCCCCAAAAAAAACGCAACCUGAAGUGUCUAUAACCCGAGGUAUGACUUUAUUUUGGAAGAUAAUUUGAGUGAGUUUGUGUGUGUGUGUGUGUGUGUGUGUUUCAUAACAAUCAAUUUAUGCAAGAGCUGCUUCUCAGCUUUUACUUUCAGCUGCUGGAAAGUGGAACAGGUUUUGACCAAUGAAGAUUUAAUGUACAUAAGUAUUCAUGCCCAUUAAUUUGAAUGGAUCUCUUCUGAGUAUGACUAUUGCUGAAUACAACCCAAGGUUUGUCUGUAUUGAAGAGAGCUUUUUAGCUCGCAUUAGGUGGUUGCUCUCUGUGUGUGAUUUCACACGAGGGAGGAGGCCAGGGCAAGCAGGAACCAAGAGGAGUUUGGAAGGGAGACCAUGUAGCACAAAUGUCUUCCAUUACAGGAUGUUUCGCGCUCCUGGGUCAAAAGCCUGAAGACGUUCUGUGCAACAUUUUGGAAACUGCUGUAUCCAGUGUUAGCCAUAAUUGGAGUACAAUCGUACCUUGGAAGUCGAAUGGAAUCCGUUCCGGAAGUCCGUUCGACUUCCAAAACGUUCAGAAACCAAAGUGUGGCUUCUGAUUGGCUGCAGGAAGUUCCUGCAGCCAAUUGGAAGCCGUGCCAGAUGUUCGACUUCCAAAAAUCAUUUGAAAACUGGAACACUCACUUCCAGUUUUAGAUCGUUCGGGAGCCGAAAUGUACGAGUUCCAGGGCGUUCAGCAGCCAAGGUACGACUAUACGUUCCUAAAUUAGCAAUGUCAAUUUCAGUGUUGUACUCUAGUCUCGACAAACAUUGGAUACUCCCUGGAUAUCUAACAUCCAAUACUCCAGUCAAAUGUAGUAGCAAUGCUCAACUGCUUCCUUUUUCAGUCUUGGACCAAGGAUGAGGUAUCAGCAGGCUUGAAGAAACUCCCAAGUUUUACAGAAGUACAAAUUGGGGGGGGGGGGAGAACUUAGUGAGGACUGAAGAUGCUCGUGAGGGUGGGAUAGUAAUAAUAGAGUAUUCUGGAAAAGUGCCUUGUAGGUAUUCCGCACUGCUACCCUGAACUCCUUUGGCUGAAAAGUCAGGAUAUAAAUUCUAUAAAUAAAUACUGGAUGAUUACAUAGUGCAGCAUUUUAUUGCAGGUUCCACCUGUGAAACCUUUUCGAAUUUGUUUUUUUAAUCCUGGCUUAGAGCUGCACCCUUCUUCCGGCACCCAAAGCUUCCCCAAGUUUUAUUAAAGGAGGAAUUCAGAUUUUUACAUAAUAAGAAAACAAAUCUGUUGACCGCUAGUCCCACGGGACUCUUCGUUUCUGUUGCUUUAAAGGGGUGUAAAUAACGCAUGCUCGUCUCUGUCCUCUCAAUUCCAGGCACCGCAGAAAAUUCACCGGAGUUCUGAGGAGAAGGAGAAGCUAAAGCUGCAGAGGGUAAAGUGGUGUUUUCCCCCCUAUUGACCUAGAAACCUUAUUUGUUCACUUUUGGUAAUGAGCGGAGAGCACAUCCCUUUUCCGGUUUCCUGACCUCUGCUGAAGGUCCAAGCCACCACUGGCAUGUGGACCCCGAAGGUUGCCCUCUGGCUGAAAAAGUUCCCCCACCCCUGUUCAGAUUGACUUGCUGCUUUUUAAAGUUUUGCGCUGUGGGCCUUUUUGUUUUCUGUGCCCUUGCUUCAAGCGUUAUUCUUUUCUCUCUACAAGCAAUGCCAGGAUUCAAGAAGCUAUAGAUGAAGUGAGUAGGAGGGUGCGGGAACUUUAGCUCGAGUACAGAAAGGAGGUGCUGCUUUGUCUGUUUGUUUUGAAGCAUUUUUACCCUACCCUUCAGGCUUCCAGAGCAGCUUAGUUACCAGUAACAUGGCAGCCCUGCCCUCAGGCUUAGGCAAAGGUAAAGGGACCCCUGACCAUUAGGUCCAGUCGUGACCGACUCUGGGGUUGCGGCACUCAUCUCGCUUUAUUGGCUGAGGGAGCCGGCGUUUGUCCGCAGACAGCUUCCGGGUCAUGUGACCAGCAUGACUAAGCCGCUUCUGGCGAACCAGAGCAGCGCACGGAAACGCUGUUUACCUUCCUGCCGGAGCGGUACCUAUUUAUCUACUUGCACUUUGACGUGCUUUCGAACUGCUAGGUUGGCAGGAGCAGGGACCGAGCAACGGGAGCUCACCCCGUCGCGGGGAUUCGAACCGCCGACCUUCUGAUCGGCAAGUCCUAGGCUCUUUGGUUUAACCCACAGCGCCACCCGCGUCCCACCCUCAGGCUUAGACACAAGGAAAAGGGGAUCAGGAGGGAGAAGGGGCAGGAGAAGCAAACUUUGGUGCUUUGGUCAACUGGAAUGGUAACAGCUUAGGGAGAGGGAGAGGUUAACGUUGCUGGUCCCUCAGCAGCACUGGUGGAGUCUGCCUGCUUCCCUUCUCUCCCUCUGUCCUGCCACCUGGUGGACUGGCCUCCUGGUACCAGUGGAUGAAGGUGAGAAGCUUGAUGGAACAAAUGGCUUCUCACCAGAAAUGGAGCCUGACUGAGCAGCUUCUUGGCACCUGCGAUUAGACUUUCGUGGGGCAUUGGUGGAGAGUUGCCUAAAGAGCUCUUCUGUUUGGGGGCGUCUGUUGUCGUUUCUCGCAACCCAGGAUCAGGAACGUGCAGAGAAGCUUCAAAAGCAGCAAGCUGAGCGGGAGGAGAAGGGGAGGCUGAAGGAGGAGGCGAAGGCUGCAAAAGAACGCGCCCGGGAGGAGGCGAAGAGGAAGAAGGAAGAAGAAAAAGAGUUGAAGGAUAAGGAAAGGAGGGAGAAAAGGGAGAAAGAUGAGAAAGAGAAGGCUGAGAAGCUGCGGGCGAAAGAGGAAAAACGGAAAGAGAAGCAGGAAGCUCUGGAGUAAGUUGUCCUCUCUGGUGGGGUUUGUUUUUACGUGUGACUCAUGCUUGAACAUGUGUGCAUGGUUGCUUGGUUUUUCCCCCACCCUCCCUGAAAUUAAGCUUUUGUUUUAAAGGGCAAAGCAAGAAGAGAAAAGGAAGAGAGAAGAGGAGAAACGGUUGAAAGAGGAAGAAAAGGUAAGGGGAGUUUUGUCUCGCUCAGCCUUCACGUGCCCUCCAGUUGGACUCCAGUUCCCAUCAGCCCCAGCCAGCGUACAGUGGGACUGGUAGUCCACCAUAAUCUGGAGAGGACCUAGUUGGGAAAGUGGUCUAGCUGAAGGGAAGCACACUCUGGCCUCUGCCAUUGGCUGGGUGCUGAGGACUUGGAGGAGGCUGCCUUCCUUGAUUUCCUUCCUUCCUUGCCUGGCAUGCUCUGGUCCAUGGGGUCACAAAGAGUCGGACAAGACUAAACAACAACAACGCCUUCCUUGCUUCCCAGCAAAAACAUCCUGGUGAGGGGAAGGCUAGCCUAGCCCAUCUGUUAGUAAAUCCUGGGCUGCUUCUGCCAGUCAGUGUAGACAAUACUGAGCCUGGUGGACUACAAGGGUCUGGCUUAUUCAGCUUCUUAUGUUUUUAUGAAUUGCGUUGUUAUCAGUAGGUGGCUGGGGCCAGAAUUCACAGUGGUGUUUUUAAUUAUUCAGAGCGAGGGGGGAUGCUUUUGCAGAAAUGCUUUUAAAUAAUCCAAAUCGUUUGCGUUUCAUUUUGUCCAUAUUUCCAUCUCUAGCGUAUCAAAGCAGAGAAGGCAGAGAUCACCAGGUUCUUCCAAAAGCCCAAAACCCAGCCUGCUCCAAAGGUGAGUUUUGUUUUACUGUUUGUCUGCCUUUGUCUGGCUCUCCUGCAAUGCCAUUUAAAUCCAUGCAAGAUUUCCAGGGCAAUGGAAAUUGCCUUCAAGGUGGCCAACACACUUCACAUUUUAAACGCUGUGUUGUACAUGCACAAAAACCCCUGAACUAUGUAUGUCUUUUUUAUUUAAAAUAUGUUUACUUCACCUUUCUAUCAGAUCAAAAGUAGAAUACAAACACAAAACCCUGAUUUUUAGAUCUAUUGCUCUACUCACCCUCAAGGAAUAUAACCCGUGUGCUACAGACAAAUAUGAAGUGCUGCUAGUAAUUUUUUUAAAUGCAUAAUUUAAAAACUCUUACCCAACACUCUGCCACCUCUAUGCCCAUCACCAAAAGCUAGCCAAUAAAGAUGAUUCCAUGUGUUGAUUCUAAAAUAAGCUGGGAGGUGUGGCUCCACAAGAAGUGGGCUUCUUAUAUUGUUGAAGAAGCUACUGGGUGUACCUUCUCCGCUUGCCUUUCUGAGAGUUUUUUAGGCCUGGGGUUGGGGAACCUGUGGUUCUAAGGACUUUGCUGGACUCUGCUCCCAUCAUCUUUUAUGCUGGAAUAAGGCUACAGGUUCCCCAGCCCUGCUUUAGCUAGUUGUGGAGAUCAAAAAAGGUCAGAAAGCAUAGCUGACCCAUGGCUUGCAGAGGCCUUAAGAAGAGUUUGGAUUUGAUAUCCCGCUUUAUCACUACCUGAAGGAGUCUCAAAGCGGCUAACAUUCUCCUUUCCCUUCCUCCCCCACAAGAAACACUCUGUGAGGUGAGUGAGGCUGAGAGACUUCAGAGAAGUGGGACUAGCCCAAGGUCACCCAGCAGCUGCAUGUGGAGGAGCGGAGACGCGAACCUGGUUCCCCAGAUUACAAGUCCACCGCUCUAAACCACUACAACACACUGGCUCUCUAAGUGAAUUUCAAGUAGCACCAGGAAGGGAGGGAAUAGAUGGUGGCAAAAAUUGGUACCUGGAUUAAGAAGCAAAUCUUGGCCCUAACCAGAGAGGAGGCAUCAUUUUUGGUCUUCUUCAGGCAGCAAAAGGGACCAUCACAUCAAAGUAGCCAUAUGUAUCUAGUAUCCACAUGUUUUUCAGGCUUUAUUGGUCAAAACAUGAAUUAUGCCCAGGAGAGAAUAGGAAGCUGGUGCUGGUAGUAAGGUAGUUGGGAGGGGGGGAUGGAGAGAGACCAAGAGCUUGUGUAUAACAUUUUCCUCCUGAUUUCAGAUUCUGGCUGGCUGGUGUGGCAGAUUUGCUCCAUUUGAGAUCAAGGAGAACAUGGUCCUCGCGCCAAUCUGCCGAGUUGCGGUCGAUCAGGACCUCAUGGACCAGUUAGACUGGCUGCUGCAAGCUCAGAGCUACAGUGCUUCUUUCUUGGAAGAACUGAAAAGCAGAGAUCCCUGUAAAACUGGACCCACCCUUGUCAGCAGCCCGAAUGCUGAUGCAUUCAACAGGUUAGUUUUCUUGGUAUUGUGAGCUUUUGAGCUACGCUACUCGUAGAAGGCCGCUCACUGCUACUGCCUUAAUCUGCGGCACUUCCUCUCAAACCCUCCUCAGCAGGGCACAUGGCAUUCUACAACGUCCGACGUUGGCUCAUUGCCUCCCACCAUGUUCUCCACCCCGGCAUCAUCAGAUAGAGGGAAUUAUGAGAGUUAGAAACCUAAAAGAAGGAAAAGUUUUCCUUCAUUUCUUUCAUUUGGUUUAACUUGGUUUAGUUUAAAGGUAAAGGGACCCCUGACCGUUAGGUCCAGUCGCGGACGACUCUGGGGUUGUGGUGCUCAUCUCGCUUUACUGGCCAAGGGAGCCGGCGUACAAUUUCCAGGUCAUGUAGCCAGCAUGACUAAGCCGUUUUUGGCGAACCAGAGCAGCGCACGGAAAUGCUGUUUACCUUCCCGCCGGAGCGGUACCUAUUUAUCUACUUGCACUUUGAUGUGCUUUCAAACUACUAGGUUGGCAGGAGCAGGGACCGAGCAAUGGGAACUCACCCCGUCGCGGGGAUUCGAACCGCCGACCUUCUGAUCAGCAAGCCCAAGAGGCUCAGUGGUUUAAGUAAAGACCUUUAUUGGGGGGCAGCAGCCCCUUUUCUUGUUAGUCCAGUGUUGCCGUCUUAGCAUUGCUUCUAUAUAAAAAAAAUCCUUUUCAGUGGAAAGCAGGGAUAAAGGAGUCUUUCACGGCGUCAGUCAACUGCCGGUGGUCUUUCUCUCACUGUCUUGGAACCCCGGUGGGCAGAAUACCCGUGACUGAUUGCAGCAUUUUCCUUUCAACAGUGACGUCGUCAUUGUGGGCAGCAGCCAAGCAGGAGAUGUGCCGGAGAGGAAGAAGUUCGGUAGGAUGAAGCUGCUGCAGUUCUGUGAGAAUCACCGCCCUGCCUACUGGGGCACGUGGAACAAGAAAUCCUCAGCCAUACGCCCAAGAAACCCUUGGUCAAAAGAGGAGGUCAGCACGUGAUACUGCAUCCACCUCUUGUUUCAGCUGAAGUAACUCAGCGGCAAGCCCUAAGGCAGCUAAGCAGAGAAGUCCAGGUUUAAGUCGCCAAUAUAUAAGGCUGUGGUUGCCACCAUGCCUGCAGCUGUGGGGUAUAUAUGAAAUUGCAUCCGAUUAUAAUCUCUGGAAUAUCCAGUUUAUUGGCUCUUGGGCUGGGAAAACAGCCUCUCUUCUUGAGACCAUGGGCAAGGGCCGUAGCUCAGCCGUAAGAGCCCCUCUUCUAUAUGCAGAGGGCUGUGCAAUCCUCGGCACCUCCAGGUACAGAAUCAUAGACUUGUAGGGCCAGAAGGGAGCCCAAGGGUUGCCAUCUACUCCGGCCCCUGCAAGGGAGGACUUGCAGCUAAAGAAUCCCCGAUCCAUAGAAAGUAGGACUGGGGAAAUGCUGGUGAGCCGCUGCCAGGCAGUUCUGAUGUUACUGACAUAUGAUGAAUCCAAUGGCCUGACAUGGUAUAAGGCAGCUUUCUGUGUGGUUUAGUGCAUCUCGGUGGCUUUUAUUUUCUGUCUGCUUGGCAGUGGGCUUUGUAAGUUCCCUUCUCCCUCCAUUAAGCAACAGACUAUGAGCUGCAACUGAGGUUUCCGGUGCUGCAGUGUGAAGGAAAACCACCCUCUCUGCUCUUUAUAUUGUUCCCUGGGGAGCAAAGAGGAUGAUCCCCUCACUCUCUGUCCUGUAUUGUAGAUCCCUCUCCUCCCAGCCCAGCAGCACAGUGUUGCUAGAAUCUAGCCCAGGGGUCAGCAACCUAAGGCCCAUGGGCCGGAAGCGGCCCGCGGUGGUCAUUUGACCGGCUCACGAGCUGCUCCCAAACCGAGUUGCCUGUUCACGUGCUGCGCCAAGCCAGCACAGUGUGGGGACUCGCUUCCGCGGCACCAGAAAUCGCGUCUGUGCAUGCUCAGAUGCCAGAAAUCGCAGGUGCGAUCCGGCCCACAGAGGGAUCUCCAUGGGACCGAUCUGGCCCAGGCGAGAUAAACCUUGCUGACCCCCGAUCUAGCCUCUUGUUCCUUCUCCAAAAUCCUAUGUACAGCCUGCAGUACUUCUCGAGGCAGAAUGGUUUUUCAGUACAGUAUUGCAUUUUUUGUUUCCUCCUUUCCUCUGCAGAAACUUCUGGACUAUGAAGUGGAGAGUGACGAAGAAUGGGAGGAGGAGGAGCCUGGGGAGUCUCUCUCUCACAGCGAAGGGGUAAGGACGAAUGGCCACCUUCUGCCUGCAAGCAGGAGACUUCUUUGUCAAAGGAACCAGGGUUCCGGGUGUAAUAGAGACAAGCAGGAUCACCUGCAGGAAAAUGUUGCAGUGUGGGUUGCAACCAGCCAUGCCAUCUUCUGGGGCCAGCAGUUGUUCCGUGUUCUGUGGCCACACUGAGCAUGCUCAGUCCUCAUUGGGCCGGCUUUUCGGGAGGGAGGAGGCUCAUGAUGUCAGAGCAACAAGCCAAUGCGUGGAUCUUCCCCACCAAAGUUCCAGCAGCACUGGUUAUUUAUAGAACCUUUAUGCAUGGAGGGAUAAGUUGCCUCUUGUGUUGCGGAGUGUAACAGCAACUUCCACCACUUGUUGUUUUUGUUUUAACUAUAUAUUUGUGCUUUUACCUUGUGAAGUGUCCUGAUACCUUAUGAUGAAGGGUGGCAUAUAAAUCUUAAUCAUCAUAGUAAUAAUAAUUGCAGUGAUACCUUUCUGAACAAGGACAGAGCUGCAGAUGCACGCAAGUUUGAUUAUUUUUAUUAUAUGUUUGAAAAUACUUACAUGCCAUUUUGCAAACCUCGAUAUGUGGAGUUGCAACUGACCUGACGUUACUGACCUUUCAGUGAGUCUUAAAAGCAGAAAUGCUUAGAGUAGGGUAUGUUUUAGGGGUAAAGGUUUUAAAUAUAUUUAGCUGUCUUUAAAUACAUCCAUAGUGCCAUGCCUUGUUUUUUCGGACAGUUCGUGCUGAGGUUAAGGCUGUGGGUUAGGGCCCAGCCAGUGUGGUGCCCUGCCAACGGGCUUGGGGUUCCUGGACCUCAGCUCCCAUCAUCCCCAGCCAGCACAGGCCAAUGGUUGGGCAUGUUGUUGUCCAGACAGGGUUCAACACGCAUGGAUCAAAUCCUCAUUCAGCUGCAUCGAGCUCGGUGGGUGACUUUGGGGUCCAGUCCCUGGCCCUUAGCCUAAUCCUACCUCCUCAGGAUAAACUAGGGAGGAGGAGAGGUGGGGUGUAAAUUGAGCAAGUGAACACCUGGAGGUUGCCUUACCUGACCCAUACUGCAGCUUUUACACUGGCUGAUUUUUGUCAUGUGUUAAAUGCAUUCUUUGUCCUGUUAUGUGGUUCAUGAGAAAGGCUUUGGGCAUGAAUCCAAGGAACCCAAAGGAAAAAUCAGUGCCCACUGCCUUUGGGAGAAGAAAAGGUUAAGGAAUAAACCUUACACAAUUCCAGAGUGGAGUCCCUAUGGAUGGCACCUUGUACUCCUCCUUCUGGCAACUCCUGCUGCCAAGCUAGUGCCAAACGUCUUGCUUUGCUUUCCAUUGGACCACAUCAGGAAGUCCAGGAGGGGGGGUCUUGUCGUCUGCGCAGCCCAGGACCUCCAAAUAUACUGCCCAGGCUUGCACCAUGGAGAUACUCUAGCUUGCCUUGUUUGUGUGUGUAGCUAUUCCAUCGCACCAGAAGCGAUUUAGUCCUGCUGGCCACAUGACCCGGAAAGUUUCCUGUGGACAAAUGCUGGCUCCCUCGGCCUGAAAGCGAGAUGAGCGCCACAACCCCAUAGUCACCUUUGAGUGGACUUAACCAUCCAGGGGUCCUUUACCUUUACCUUUUUUAGAUAUAACAGUGGUACCUCAGGUUAAGAACUUAAUUCGUUCUGGAGGUCCGUUCUUAACCUGAAACUGUUGUUAACCUGAGGUACCACUUUAGCUAAUGGGGCCUCCCGCUGCUGCCGCCGCCGCACGAUUUCUGUUCUUAUUCUGAAGCAAAGUUCUUGUACUAUUUCUGGGUUAGUGGAGUGUGUAACCUGAAGUGUCUGUAACCCGAGGUACCACUGUACUGAAACACUCAGAGUAACAUAAUCAUACCCAAUAAGUGCCAUAGUAAAUUAGGUGGACAAGAUUAGCCAAUUUUUGUAUCUUACUCCAUCCCCUUUCCAAGUUUUCUUGACGUCUACUUUUAAAUCUUUCAGGAUGAUGAUGAUGAGGGUGGAGAGGAGGAAGACGAUGACGACGGCUUCUUUGUGCCCCAUGGGUACCUCUCAGAGGAUGAAGGUGUGACUGAAGUAAGCCACAGAAUUCCAGGGCACCUUACGACAAGACUGAACUGCCUUGGGAAUAAAUUUGCAAACAGUUACUUGUGUAGGGUAACUUGAUCUACCCAGCUUGGCAGUGAUGCAGUAGUCCCUGCGGCACCAAUAACUUGCCGGUUAUAAUCUGUACAAAAAUCUCCACUUAUAAGUUUUAGAAUUCAAAGCACUAAUCUCAUAUUAGCUAGCUAAGCUGGGAAGUAGGUGGGAUGUACAGCCAGGGGGGCCACCUUCCCUCUUGACCAACCAUCCGAGCAGUCGCUUCCAGGUUUGCGGCAUUCGGGAGCCAAAACAUUCGAGAACUAAGCUGUUCAAAAACCAAGGUACGACUGUAAUAGAAAAGAACUUAACGGGGGGGGAUGGCACCUAGACCUUCUAUUGUGGCAAGUGUAACCUAGGUUUAAGGCGCUAUUUAGUGAUUAGAUUAUAUAUCUGAGUUUCUAACCCUGGCACUGAUACAAACGCGUCGGAUGUUCGGGUUCCAAAGAACAUUCGCAAACUGGAACACUCAGUUCUGGGUUUGCGGCAUUCGGGAGCCAAAACGUUUGACUCGCAAGGCGUUCGACUUCUGAGGUACGACUGUACUUCAGUAGUAAAGUGACCAAACCUUUCUCUUUAGUUAUGCAAACACCCAACCUUUUGAGCCGUUCUCCUUCUUCAUCAGAGUAAUGCUUUUCUUUCCCUUCCAGGAAUGUGACCCCGAGAAUUACAAAGCUCGCCAGAAGCUGAAAGCGAAGGAGUGGGACGAGCUGAUCACCAAGGGGAAGAGAUUCCGCGUCCUUCAGCCUGUGAAGAUCGGCUGCAUUUGGGAAGGCAAGGAAAACAGCGACGCAGAUCUGAGGCCCCUGCAACAGUUCACAGUUUCUAUCCUGGACUCAACGAUUGCUGAUGAAGAUCCGUUAGAAAAAAGCAGCAAAAAGAAAACGAAAGACCAGCAAAGUAAGCCGCAGGCAGGAAGAGUAAACAGCUCUGCCUCUUCCACAGAGAAAGGGUGGCUUCGGCUAAAGGUGUUACGAUGCUGUAAGGAAAGGUUUAUGGCAGGGGUGGCCAACUCCCAAGAGACUGCGAUCUACUCACAGAGUUAAAGACUGGCAGUGAUCUACCCCCUUCAGGUCAAAGUUGUUGAGCUUUUUUUAGGGGAGUCAAACUUCUUGACAAGCAUCCAGUGAUCACAAUCUACCUGUUGGGUGCACCUGGUUUAUGGGAGUGGCUGGCUUGUCUGUUGGAGAAAUUUGUAAAACCAGGGUUCCCCAAAGGAACGCAGAUAGACUCAGGCAUUAAGUGAAAAACAGGCCUUUAUUAAUGUUCCUGUAGGAAACAGUAGAAUUUCUGGGCUUGUUACACAAACCCUUUCCUAACAAAGGGUUUUCUGGGGACACAUCCCAGUACGUUUCCAAGUACAAUUCAAAAGUCUUGGUGCUGACCUUUAAAGCCCUAAACAGCCUCGGCCCAGUAUCCCUGAAGGAGCGCCUCCACCCGCAUCGUCGGACACUGAGGUCCAGCACGGAGGGCCUUCUGGCUGUUCCCACACUGCUAGAAGUGAGGUUACAGGGAACCAGGCAGAGGGCCUUCCUGGUGGUGGCGCCCUCCCUGUGGAAUGCCCCCCCCCAUCAGAUGUCAAGGAAAUACACAACUAUCUGACUUUUAGAAGACACCUGAAGGCAGCCCUGUUUAGGGAAGUUUUUACCAUUUUUUAGGUGCUGUAAGCCGCCCAGAGUGACUGGGGAAAGCCAGCCGGAUGGGCGGGGUGUAAAUAAUAAAUUAUUAAUUAAUUAUUCGGAAAUUAUUUUGGGAAGGGGAGGGGGCUGGCCUGAAGCUGACAGCUGGACAAUCUCUUGAUGACUUGACUGCCGUCCUCCAUCUGUACGAAACAGCAUCCUAAUACCCCUUUUCUUCUUUUCGCCAUGCUCCAGUCUUGGGACAGCUGCUUCCCCUGCUUCACGGGAAUGUUAACGGAAGCAAGGUCAUCAUCCAAGAGUUCCAGGAGUGCUGCCGCAUGGGGGUCCUGCAGGGCAACAACUCCACCUCUGCUUUGGAGAGCGGGGAUGCCAGCCCCACAAGCCCCAACGCUUCCUGGGCCCAGGCCUCCGCCCACGACGGCUCCGCCAUCCCUUCCAAAGCCAGGCUAAAACGGAUCAUCUCCGAGAACUCCGUCUACGAGAAGAGGCCCGACCACCGGAUGUGUUGGUACGUGCACCCCGAGGUACUGAAGAGCUACGGCCAAGAGAAUUUGCCCGUCCCUUGCCAGUGGAACUACGUCACCCAAGUGUCCUCGGCGGGCAAGGAGGAUGCCAGCAGCAGUUUGCCGGGAGGGGCAGCGAUACAGACCACCCCGGUCUCUGCGAAACGGAAGUCGACAGGAAGCAUGUCUAUCACCAAGUUCAUGAAGAGGCCUUUUGGCACCGGACAGGUGAGGUUCCUUUCAGGCACUCCGUUUUCUGCCUAGACUAGUACGGCCGCGCUCCCCAGGCCUUUAGCAACCUGCUGCAGAGGGCCCUUAACUUUAAGCGUAGCAUCGUUGAAUUCUGUGAAUCCUGCCUCUUUCCUGCGUUUCUAGGUUCUUGUGGCCUUGUUGUUGUUGUUUAGUCGUGUCCGACUCUUUGUGACCCCCUGGACCAGAGCACGCCAGGCACUCCUGUCUUCCACUGCCUCCCGCAGUUUGGCCAAACUCAUGCUGGUCGCUUCGAGAACACUGUCCCUCCAUCUCGUCCUCUGUCGUCCCCUUCUCCUUGUGCCCUCCAUCUUUCCCAACAUCAGGGUCUUUUCCCGGGAGGCUUCUCUUCUCAUGAGGUGGCCAAAGUCUUGGAGCCUCAGCUUCAGGAUCUGUCUUUCCAGUGAGCACUCAGGGCUGAUUUCCUUCAGAAUGGAGAGGUUUGAACUUCUUGCAGUCCAUGGGACUCUCAAGAGUCUCCUCCAGCACCAUCAUUCAAAAGCAUCCAUUCUUCUGCGAUCAGCCUUCUUUAUGGUCCAGCUCUCACUUCCAUACAUCACUUGUGGCCUUAAGCUAUCUUUAAUGUAAGCCGCUUUGGGUCACUCUGCGAGAAAAGCGACUGGCGAAUUUUAACAGCAGCAGCCAGUCCCCAGCAAUGUCUGGAGGAUGAGAGCUCUAGGACUGGGUGCUACCCGGUUUUCAACGUCACGUUAUAUUCGGCAGCUAAAUAUUGGGAUAUGCUGAUAUAUCUCAAUGCCUGGAAUGUAUCUCAGCAGCUUCUUCCUCCCCACUUUAGGGGAGGAAGGGGCAGGUGAGAUAUAAGCUGAGCAAGCCUUCAUACCACUCUGGGUAGUGUGAGGUGGGGGGGGGGGGCUUCCUCAAAGGCGCAGGUAGAGCCCAGAACCACCUCAGGCUCUAUCUGCCUGCCUGAUGUAUCGCCAGCUCAAUAGCUGAACGCAGUACCAGUUUCAGACAAUUUACUGACGUUAUCACCCAGUUCUAGACAGCUCCCAUCACCUCUGACCACUGGCCAUAUUCGCUGGGGCUGAUAAGGGAUCCUGGAGCACAAGAAUAUAUGGAGGGACGGGUUCCCCAGUCCUGGUCGAGCUAGUGUGGCGUGGGUUCGAAUCCUCCCUCAAUGAACCAUGAGGUUCAUUGGAACAUUCCCUGCUAGCCAGGGACUAUGGUCCAUUUAGGCCAGUAGUGUUUGCACUGGCUUUGAAGUGGCUCUCCAAAUCCCAGGUAUGGUCUUUCUCCUAUCACCUGCUACCCAAUUCUUUUUUAACGGGAGCGGAAUCUGCAUGCAGAGUGUAUUCUGCCACUGAGCUGUGGUCCUGCCCCUCAAUUCCCUUGCCUUUCUGGAGGGAGGCAGGCUUCCUUGUCCACAAGCCCCACAUAAGGAAUAGGGAACCUGUGGUCCUCCAGAAGCUGUUGGAUUCCAACUCCAGUGAUCAGAGAAGACAAGAAUAUACAGUGGUACCUCGGGUUAAGUACUUAAUUCGUUCCGGAGGUCCUUACUUAACCUGAAACUGUUCUUAACCUGAAGCACCACUUUAGCUAAUGGGGCCUCCUGCUGCUGCUGCUGCCGCGCCGCCGGAGCACGAUUUCUGUUCUCAUCCUGAAGCAAAGUUCUUAACCUGAAGCACUAUUUCUGGGUUAGCGGAGUCUGUAACCUGAAGCAUAUGUAACCUGAAGCGUAUGUAACCCGAGGUACCACUGUAGAGCCCAGCAUCAUCUAGGCCCACAUCCCUGCUCCUUGUGAAGAUUUCCCUCUCUUCUCCUCUGUUCUUUCCUCCUGCUAGCCGCUCUGCCUCCAGGGCACUCUUUAGGGUCAGUUUUUUAAUUUUAGAUUUCAUUUAGUGGGUGGCAUAAUUCACCUGCCUAUUGGUUGCUGAUGUCUGAAGACAGCUUCCUUCCCCGCCCCCUUCUCUUUGCUCCAAGGCUGAAACCACAGAGAUGGAUGGAUUUCAGGCUGACACGGAGGAAGAGGAUGACGACGAAUGCAUGAUUGUGGACGUGCAGCAAAGCAAAGGUGAGGCACCUGGUUCAGGCAGUUGGCCACCCACGCACAGGUACACCCUCCCACCUCCACAAGCUGCCUAGUGUCUUUGUGUGUGCCAUCUGCUCAUGGUCUCUCCCAAGCCGGCUUAAGAAGCCUGCUUUAAAAAAUUGUAGCUCUUGUCAUGACAAGACUCAGAAAACGCAGUGGCAGAGAAUUAAAGAACUGGAAAAACAAGCACACUGCUGUUUCCCAAUACGUCUCUCACACAGGUCAACCCACAGAGGCGAGAGGAUGAGCAGAGCCGUCUAUGGAGAAAUCUUUCCCUGCUUUUGCUUAUGCACCUUUAAAGGAAAUGAGUGGGGGGUCUGUGGGACAACAAGCACUCUGAAUUAACUGCUGUGUGCAUGUGAACAAGUGGCCUAACGUUCAGUAGGCUUGGUUUAAUUUCCCCCCUGCUUUCUGUUCCGGAAGGAUCCCUUAACGCAGGCAUAGGCAAACUUGGCCCUCCAGAUGUUUUUGGCCUACAACUCCCAUCAUCCUUAGCUAGCAAGACCAGUGGUCAGGGAUGCUGGGAAUUGUAGUCCCAAAACAUCUGGAGGGCCGAGUUUGCCUAUGCCUGCCUUAAUGCGAGCUUGUGUAAAAUAAUAAAGCACAGUAAGUUUGCUUUGGGCACUUCUCGCUCUUCUGACACACACACAGCAUCAUUGUGGGGUGGAAUUCCUUCCCAUCUCCCCGGCCCAUUGCCCCCCCUCCUAGCUUUGCUAGCAAUUAGGUGUCAGUUUCUUGGCCAUACGUUCCAUACAGCCAUUCAAGAGUGAGAAGGCAACAGCUGUCAUGCCUCAAUUUUGUGCAUAGUGUUAACUAGGCCCUGGCUGUGUCCCCGCGUCAGUCUUGAGUUCAAUAAACCAUGGCUUGUUGGAUCUAGAGUAAAAGUUGGGCACACAAACACACUCCUGUUUUCGUGCUAAUCAUUGGGGGUUGUUACGUCAUGAGAUAGAUAGAUAAAACGUUAUUUGCAUUAGCCAAUGGCCAUAGCAACAGUAAAACAUUACAGUAUACGCAGAAAAGGAAAUUUGAUAUAAGAGCACAAUCAUGAGUGUUGCUUCCAAGUCUACAAUUCUGUAAUAAAGGGAGUGUUUGGGGGGGGGAAUUGAUCACUUUUCUGAACACAAAAGACAGUGAAAAACCCACAACUCUACAGAGGAGCAGCUGUUUAUUCUGUAUCUUGGUAUUAGCCAAACGUCAGCUGGGAACAAUUCAGCCAAGGGGGACUGGCCUAGGGAAAAGAAUUGGGAGCUGUAGCAGGUUAGCUCCAAAGGAAGCUUCACAUCAGGAGGCGCAGACCCACCUUAUCUAUUUUUUGAGUAAACUGUUGUGUCUUCACAGCACCUGCGUUGGAGACCCCGGAAAUCGCAUCUGAGGGAGAGCAAGCUACUUCAGUUGCUGCCGUCGACUCCUCUAAUGCUGUUUGAUAUACACAGUCCCCACCCCACCCAUUAACUGCUCUGUAUGUAUGUAGAAUUCCUUAGAAUGUUUUUUUAAAAACUCUUCUGUAUCUUUUUUAUUGUAUAAGAUACUUGAACAUACUCUGUAUUCCUUGUAAAGAGAAGACAGCACUUUGUUCUGCUUCAGAUCAGUGGAAGCACAAGACGUACUUUUUAGAGGUUUAGUUGGGGGGAGGGGGGCAGGUUUAGAUGAAAAUACACUUAUACUCUCUCUAAUAAAAGCAUUAUUGACCUUUUCAGCGUGCCCCAUACAAAUGGGGAUACCUGUCACAUUUUGUCUAGGAGAGGAGAGGGGUUUAAAAGUGUGCCAGGAACACACCUCAUGCCUCAAAUCCAUGCCUGCUCAUCCCUUUUAUUCCAUUCACAUCAGCGGCGUGAAGGCCCCUGAUCUCUUUUCCCAGUCUCAGCUGAUCUUUCCCAUCCACUCUGGCAGCUGGAGGAGGAAACCCGGGGCCAGAAGUGACAAAGCCGCCACUUUAGUCUGCACAUGGAUGUUGGCUUUGAAAUUUUUCGCACUAUAGGACGCCCGUUUUUCCCACCAAAAAUGAAGGGGAAACGUGUGUGCAUCCUAU